ACACUACCAGGACUAACAGUACAGUAUAUAAUCAGUGUAGGAACUGAUCAACAGUACCUUAAUGGCUCUAUCACUAACUACACUUACUGUCCAAUGAACCCAACCAAUAAACAAUAUCUGUUUAACAUUACAACUACUAAUAAAGCUGGGAAUGGAUCUACUAGUAACAUAACUGUUGGAUUUCAAUCAAGUUCACAGAUUCCAAUUGUUUAUCAAGAUUCUUAUACAUAUCACAUUAACAAUUAUUGGUACCUUCAUUUCCUUUUAUCAGCUCAUCAACUAUGUACUGGAGUGCCACUCGUUAAUAUUACAUCAUGCACUGUUAAUAAUUCUUGUUAUCCAUCAACAAAUAUAACCACUAAUCACAGUGCUUAUAAUAACAUUUUACUUGUUGCUAUUAUAAAACUUCCGUUGAGAGAAAUACUGAAUACUAAUGUUAUCUUGUACUAUGAAAAUGGAGUAAAGGUUGAAAGCAACACUAUAACAAUCAAUACUUACGAUCUUCAGCACAUAGCAGUGGUUAAUAUUACAUUUAACAAAGUUUGUCUUCAAUUUCAGCUUGUCAAUGGCAGUACAGCUAAUAUUAUUUAUAUUCACAUCACUAAUUAUGAAGAGCCAGUUCAUCCACCAGUGUAUUACAAUAUAUCUCGUAACGAUCAGUUGAACUUUACUGAGUGUAUUACUAACAUACCAGCUGGUAAUAACUUAACACUGUAUGCAUGUGAAUCAAUGGAGGACUGUACUACUAAUCCUGCUGCUGUAUUAGCUGGUAUUAGUAUUGAUAAAGCUCCUAUGGUGUCAAGUAAUGAUAUUAUGCCUAUUUCAUCUUCAACUUCAGUAUUAUUAUCUACAACUAUUUCUGUAGUAACACCUGUAUCAACUUCACCUAGUUCCAAAGCUAAUGAGCAAAUUUUUAUAAUUUUUGGGAUAAUUAUUGUAGUAAUAAUUUUAAUUGUUGUUUCUAUAAUCAUCAUCUCAGCAAUAGUUGUGUGUAGGAGGAGACAUAAAGAACCAGUAGUCAAUAAAAGCUACCCUUUUGUUGAGCCAAAUGUGAUUCCACUAAACUACAUUGACAUGAAAGUUGAUCCUAAUGCUCCAGCUGUUCCACCACCAUUUGAUUCAAACCCAGCCUCCUACUCAGAAAUAAAACUUGAGGUGUACGAUAAAGUGUCACAUGAUGUUAGACAGGCUGGUCUCUCAACUCAUGGGAAUGUUGAGACCAAUGGGAUGUACUCCAGACUUAACUCGGAAGGAGGAGGUGCUCCUGUUUAUGACAAAUGUCAGCGUAAUGAUACAAUACGAAAGCCUGGGCAAGUAGGAGAUACUGACAGCUAUUCCAAAUUAAAUGUGGGACAACAGGCCUCAUCAUUUAAUGGAACUUCUAUUCCUUUUCAAUAUUCUGUAGUUACAAUGGAAAGCAGUGAUGUUCCGCUUGUUCAAAAAGAUUUAACACAUAAAGACCUGUCUAUUUAUGUCAUUCCUUAUCUCACUGAGAAGUGGCGUGAAGUGGGACUAGCAUUAGCACUGACUCCUCCCCAGCUUGACGAUAUAGAGGAGAACAAUCAAGGAAUAAGUGAUGUGUUUCAAUUGUGGGAGGAUUUUGCUACACGCCCAUUCACAUGGGAGACUUUAUUAAAUGCACUCAAAUCUUCAAUUGUCAAUGAAUUUAACUUAGCAAAUCAACUAGAGCACACACUUUAAAUAAUUUCUUUAAGUGUU